UGCCCCCACCGAAAUACACAAUAGCUAUCCGUAAGCAUCCAUACCGCGGAGUUCCAUCAAAAAAUAUAUUGUUACUUCUUUUCAGUGCCAGAAAAUGACAGACAACAGAAGAGUUUCGUAUUUUUACGAUGCCGAAGUGGGUAACUACCAUUAUGGCCAAGGUAUGUAUGGUGUUACAGCACCGCAGGAUCUCCGGGUUGGCGGUUUUCUUGACGUAUCGAAGUACGCGAAUGGCGAACCGAAUGCGUUUCUUGCCAUCUUCUGUGUCGCGAAACCAAUUUUCCUUUUCUAACGAUCACACCAUUCCCGCGAAACACGGCACGUACUACGGUAUUCGUAUGCACCCAUGGCAUUUAUUCACGCCACUGGAAACGAAACGCAACGAAACAAACCAAACCAACGCACCAAAAAAACACACAGGCCACCUCAUGAAACCCCACCGCAUCCGCAUGACCCACAACCUCGUGGUCAACUACGGUCUCUAUCGGAAAAUGGAGGUCUUCCGGCCCCGGCUGGUCUCCCCCGUGGAAAUGACGCGGUACCACAGCGACGAGUACGUCAAUUUCCUGAAGGUGAUCACCCCCGACAACAUGGGGGAAUACAGCCGGCAGCUCCAGCGCUUCAACGUCGGUGAGGACUGCCCCGUUUUCGACGGGCUCUUCGACUUUUGCCAGCUCUACACCUCGGGCUCGAUGGGCGGGGCCGCCCGGCUCAACGAAAACGCGGCCGACAUUGUCAUCAACUGGGCGGGGGGCUUCCACCACGGCAAGCGGGCCGAGGCCUCGGGCUUUUGCUACAUCAACGAUUGCGUGCUGGCUAUACUGGAGCUCCUCAAAAAGCACGAGCGUGUCCUCUACAUCGACAUCGGCAUUCACCACGGAGACGGCGUGGAGGAAGCCUUUUACAAGACCAACCGCGUCAUGACCUGCUCCUUUCACAAGUUUGGGGAUUUUUUUCCGGGGACCGGGGACGUCCGCGAUCUGGGGCACGGAGACGGGGAGAACUACUCGAUCAACGUUCCGCUGAAGGAGGGCAUGGACGACGAGUCCUACGCGAGCGUCUUCCGGCCGAUCGUGGGAAAGAUCAUGGAGGUCUUUGCCCCCGGCGCCGUGGUCCUCCAGUGCGGGGCGGAUUCCCUGUCGGGGGACCGACUCGGCUGCUUCAACCUGUCGGUCAGGGGCCACGCCGAUUGCGUCCGCUUCGUCCGGAGCUUCGGGAUCCCCAUGCUGGUGCUGGGCGGAGGGGGGUACACCCUCCGAAACGUCCCCCGCUGCUGGACCUACGAGACGGCCGUCCUGACCGGGGAGGACAUCAAGGACGAGCUCCCCUUCAACGACUACUGGGAGUACUUUGGGCCGAACUACAAGCUGCACCUGCCGGUGAGCAACAUGAAGAACGCCAACACGAAAGAGUCCCUCGAGCAGACCAAGGGGGAGGUCCUGGAGAUUUUGUCGAGGAUCGAGCCGGUCCCGGGGACGCAGAUCCAGACCGGACAGGUAGACUCCCAGCUCAACCCACGCGGGAUGAGCGUGGACAGGGCCGGGGAGGCUUCCUCGAACCGGAAGGAGCACGGAUCCGAGCUGGCGGCGUAAGCAGCAACCAAACGGAAUGGUCUCGGCGUGCGUGCGUCCGUUCGAUGCACAAACCGGCAAAUCGGUCCAUCCAAACCCCUGCAUCCGACUUGCAGCGGUGUUUCCCAAAGCCCCUCCGCAAAAGGCACGGGCAGCCCUGUUCCUUUUCGAACGCGACCGGGGCACACCACCGUUUGCGCCGCAAGCGCAAGGCCUCGAUCGCACAGCAUUCCCAUGGGAAUCCCGGAAACACGGAUGUGAGUAUUGGACCGAGAGCAACUGUAGCAGGCAGCAUCGGAGCAGACGCUAGGAACCCAUAGCGCUGGUGUGAGAAUGACCCAGCGACGCGCCUUGCGUUGCGUUGCAUUGCAUUGCCACAGACAGUGAAGGGAUGUCAGAUGAGUCUCGAACUCGUACGCAACACCAAAUUUUUGUUCGAUCGAGACAAGCAACGCAGCACAUGCUGAGAAUAUAGAUUUUAUUUGAGU